UUGGCUAACCUGUAGUUUUGGAGGUGGAUUUCGAUAUCAAGACAGCGAGUUCCACAUCUGUCACCAAAAUUUGGGCAACUUUAUUGUUUACUGUUGGCUGUGAUAAGUACUUUUGUACCUAUUUCCAUCUAUAAAACCCUUAGUUUUAUUUCGCAAUGUCUUCAAAACUAUCAGUGUUAGUGUUAUUUGCGGUCUUCGUAAAUGUAUUCAGUCACGAUGAUGAUGUGCACACUGUCAAAUACACCACAGAGAAUUUUGCCCAAGAAUUACCAAAGAAAAACCAUUUUGUCAUGUUCUACGCCCCUUGGUGUGGGCAUUGCCAAAGACUUGGCCCCACUUGGGAACAACUUGCCGAAAUGCUCAAUGAAGACGAUAGUAACAUAAGAAUCGCUAAAGUGGACUGCACAACGGAUAGCUCCUUGUGUUCGGAGCAUGACGUAACGGGCUACCCUACCCUCAAGUUCUUCAAAGUUGGGGCUUCUGAAGGUAUCAAGUUUAGGGGUACGAGGGAUUUACCCACGCUUACUACGUUCAUAAAUGAGCAGUUGAGAGAGGGGGAUGAGGAAGACGCUGAAAAGAAGCCCCCACAGCCUGUGAGUGGACUCGUUGAAUUGACUGAAGACACUUUUGAAAAAUUUGUGGCCACUGGGAAGCAUUUUAUUAAGUUUUAUGCGCCGUGGUGUGGCCAUUGUCAGAAACUGGCUCCAGUGUGGGAACAGUUGGCCAAAUCUUUAGAAUUCGAUUCAAGUAUUUCUAUCGCGAAAGUUGAUUGCACCCAAUGGAGGCUAGUUUGUAACCAGUUUGAAGUCAAGGGUUACCCAACUCUUUUAUGGAUCGAAGAUGGUAAAAAAGUUGACAAAUACCAAGGCGACAGAACGCACGAAGAUUUGAAAAACUAUGUUAGCAAAAUGAUGGGUUCUUCUGAAAUACCAACUGAGACGGAAAAACCGCAGUCUGAGGAAGGUGCUGUCGGAAUCCUCACUGGUGAUACGUUCAAGCAUGGCAUAGAGACAGGUAUCACUUUUGUUAAAUUUUUUGCGCCAUGGUGUGGUCAUUGUAAGCGUUUGGCGCCCACUUGGGACGAGUUAGGCAAAAAAUUUGUAGCAGACUCGAACGUAAAUAUUGCCAAAGUUGAUUGUACUCUUGAUCUAAAUAAAGAUUUGUGCAAUGAGCAGGAGGUUGAAGGGUUUCCAACAAUCUUUCUCUAUAAAAAUGGCGAUAAAAUAUCGGAAUAUAGUGGAAGUCGGACUUUGGAAGAUUUGUACGAAUUUGUUAAACAACAUGUGGGGCAUGAUGAGCUUUAAAUUUUUGGUGUUUGUUGCGUGUGUUGCAGUUUGUAAUUCCAUUUCUGAGUGACUAUUGUAAUUCCUUUCCAACCCGAUGUGUUAAAUAAAGUUUUUUAAAAAGG